UGGAUACCUUGUUUCAACUUUACAUCGUUUCAACUUUGCAUCGCAUCGAUAUCUCUGCGUAGUGCGACACUCCCGCGACUCCCUAGUGCCCGGCCUGCGCCUCAUUGUCAAUCGUAACCACCGCCAUGAUGACCCCGUACAGAAAGCAUGACUUAACACAGUUUGUGCCAAGCCAUGGCUCGCUUCAUGGAACUUUAGAAACAGUAUCUCUCGAGAUGCAUAUCAUUAAUAUUCGCUACCGACGUUUACGGAUUCAACUACAUAUGAGUUGAGAAGUUUCAGAACUUUCAGGUAUCAAGUCAUAAUUUUCUGGGUAUCAAGGUAUCAUGUAGGAAACCAUCAACUUUACCUACGUGGUACGCAAUGUUCGACAACAGUCCACAAAGGUAUCCUUGCGCCUCCCCCACCCGAACUCCAUGGCCAGGACCCGACUACUGUCAGUCGUGUGUACUGCAAAACAGGAGGAGUCGAAACGACCUCAGGCUAUGUCGCGAUCUUCAUAAACUACAGUUUUUACAUGGCACCACUGUAUGAGCGUCGACUUUCCACAUGGAACCCAAUGUCAGCGAUGAGAUACGCUAAUGUUUUUUUUGGUUAUCUUGCGCGCUUGUCCAUUCCACGUACGAUUUUGCACUUACUCCACUAGUCCGGAAAGAGGAUUUUGCCGGGAGAUCAUCGGCCCCUGUUUCCAUUGCCUCUUUUGCCUCUUGGUUUGACCUUGAUACUUACCAUGAUGCUAUAAAUACAGGUGCUUUAUGCUCGUGGUUUCAUCCCAUCUCACCACAGAAUGCAUCCCAACCUUGGCUUGUUGGAAGAGCUAUCUACAGAAGACCGCAGUGCUUUCUUUCGACUCGGUCGGGGCGACGUCGUUCCGGUGCCUUUUUUGCGUGUCCACGACGCGUUCGACCACUAUGCUGCUCUCUAUCCUUAUAACAUCGCUGUCGAAGACUUCACCGAACAAAUCACCUACGCAGAGUUGGAUCGGCUGGCCAACCACCUCGCCCUUCAUCUUCAAUCGUUGGGAAUAACGCGUGGCUCUCGUGUCUGCCUCCUCGUUGAACGGUCGAUAUAUAUGGUGAUUGGCAUCUUGGGCAUCCUCAAGGCAGGUGGCGGAUAUGUACCAUUGGAUGGUAAUGUUGUCUCAGACAAGACACUCCAUCACGUUCUUGGAGAUUCCAAAGCCGGGGCAGUGCUGUCAAUGCGCCCAUUCAUGGAGCGUGUUCCGACUUCCGACAUUCCCGUCAUCUGCCUAGAGGACGCGUUGUCUUCCACGGGUGACGUAACCCGGCCACAGGCUAAUGCCUCUGCGGAUGAUUCUGUGUACAUUAUCUACACCAGUGGAACGACGGGUGUACCAAAAGGAGUGGAUGUGAAGCAUGGAAACGUUACAAAUUUGGUCUGUUUACCUCCAGGAAAUUUAGGUUUGGCGCCCGGACGAAGAGUGUCUCAGCUCAUGAAUAUAUCCUUCGAUAUGGCGCAAUGGGAGAUUCUCGGAAGUCUUAGCAACGGUGCGACGCUCUGUCUUCGUGGCAAAACCUCGAAGCAGUGGAAAGCUGUGAUGAAGACGGUUCAGGUCAUCAUUGCGACGCCUUCGAUGCUUGUACCACAUUCGCCUUCUGAUUACCCUAACGUCGAAGUAGUAGCUGUGGCAGGAGAGCCAUGUCCAAUCUCCGUUGCGGACUCGUGGGGGGCAUCUGCUCAGUUCUAUAACUGCUGUGGUCCUACAGAGAUAACUAUCGUCAAUACCAUGCAACUUCAUGCUCCCGGAUCUCCCUUGAGCAUUGGAAAACCGACACCAAACAACAGUGUAUACGUCUUGGACGAGGACAUGAAGCCCGUUCCUAUCGGAAAACAAGGUGUCAUGUGGGCUGGUGGCGCGGGGAUCACUAAGGGCUACUUGAACUUACCCGAAAAAACCAGCGAACGCUACAAGAGAGAUCCGUUUGCGAAUGAUGGGUCUAUGAUGUUUAAUACCGGCGACCUCGGACGUUGGAUGCCCCAUGGCGGCCUUGAAGUGCUAGGAAGAAUCGACGAUCAGGUUAAAAUUAAGGGAUUCCGCGUUGAACUUGAUGGUGUCGCAGCAGCGAUGGAGUCAUAUCCUGGUGUUAAAGUCUCCAUCGCCCUUCUGGUUGAUGGCAAUCUCUGGGGAUUUGUAGCACCUGGUAACAUCGAGCAUGCAUCUGUUAUCGCUCACGUCUCCAAGAUCCAGCCGUAUUAUGCUGUUCCGACCCACGUCUUAGCCAUGGACGAAUUCCCAAAAACGGCUAAUGGAAAAAAUGAUAAACGUGCCCUACGUCAACUUGCACUCGAUCAGAUGGAGAGGGAAAAGGUUGCAGUAAUACCGCCCGCACCCCCUGCACCAGAACUUCCCCUCGCAGUGUCACAAACAAUAUUGUCCCUUUUAUCGUCGCCGCAGACAUCACAAAGAACGAUUCAGGUUUCCGUUUCAAAUCAUCCCCACCCCGUGCACAUUCAGAUUAAUACCGGUCCAUCAACCUCCCUGGGUGCAUUAUCCGCACCUUCCGAGCCUUCACUUCCCAUGUCGAGCACCCUCCCAUCUCAAGUAUCUCUAGCGGACACCAAAUUCAGCGAUGAAAAAGUCAAAGCCUCCUCUGACAGUUCCAUUGUCACUUCCGCAGCCGUCUCUGAGAAGGGCCUGGGAUGGGAAGGCUACGAAAAUGAUGAGAUACCUGAGAAAACUCAGGGCCAUUAUUUGCGCAAUCUUCGACAUCAGAUAUUUACCCUUUAUCGUCGCCUUUUUGGCGUUGUGUUUAUCGUCAAUAUGGCCAUUUUCAUCGUCACUUGCGUCAAAGGAGCGAGUGUUCCAAAAAUCGGCGAGAUUGUGGUGGUGAAUCUUUUCUGCGCCAUCCUCAUGCGCCAGGAUUAUGUGAUUAACGCUUUCUUCAACACAUUCUGUGCCGUUCCUCCCUCUUGGCCCUUGGCUAUUCGCCGCGUAUGUGCUCGAGUGUACCACAUAGGUGGACUUCACUCCGGUUGCGCCAUCUCUGGGACUGUGUGGCUUUGUCUGUUCACGGCGAGGGCUACUAAAGAUGUCGUAGACGGUGGUCGGACAUCAAUUCCAACUCUCGUCAUGGCUUGGGUAAUUUUAGCCUUCUUAUUCGGCAUUAUCAUAUUUGCACACCCUGAGCUACGCUCCAAGCGACAUGAUUCCUUCGAGCAAGUUCACCGGUUUAUGGGCUGGACCGCAGCAGCUAUGGUGUGGGCGCAGGUCAUUCUACUUGUUAAUGACUACAAGCUACCAGGUCAGAGCCUCGGUAAUGCACUCAAGACAAACCCCUCCUUCUGGCUUGUUGUCGUGUUUACUGUUUCUCUCGUCCUUCCAUGGCUCAGACUGCGGAAAGUCGAUGUGCGCUCCGUGGUCCUCUCUAAUCAUGCCGUUCGCUUCUACUUCGAUUAUGGCGUCACGCCAACCGCCGGCUCAUUCGUCCGUGUUUCCGAAAGCCCUUUGUUCGAAUGGCAUGGAUUUGCUACCAUUCCCGAGCCCGGAAAGACAGGUUACUCGCUUGUGGUAUCCCGUGCUGGAGACUGGACCUCAAAACAGAUUGCAGAGCCACCCACGAAGCUCUGGAUACGCGGUGUACCAACUUUUGGAGUUUUGCGUAUCGUACCUCUCUUCAGACGCCUGGUAUUGGUCGCUACGGGGAGUGGAAUUGGACCGUGUGCUCCCUGUAUAUUGGAGCAGCGAAUCCCAAUACGACUUCUCUGGACUUCACCAAAUGUAAGGGAGACUUUUGGUGAUCAGCUGGUCGACGAUCUCUUAGAAAAGUCACCGGACGCCGUGAUCUAUGACACCCGUAAACAUGGUAAACCUGACAUGGUCAAGUUGACGCAUCGCCUGGUGCGCGAAUUCAAUGCAGAGGCCGUCUGUAUAAUAUCCAACCAAAAAUUGACGAGAAAGGUGGUUUAUGGGAUGAUGAGCAGAGGUAUACCCGCAUUCGGCGCCAUCUGGGAUUCUUGAGUAGGAUUUUCCUUCCUACCAUCAAUUUUGCCCUAUAUUUAAUUUCUGUCUCGUAAUGGGCUUUCGUGUAGAAUCUGGAAUUCUUCCUUUUCUUUCUCCC